GCGCAUCAUUCGUCUUCUGGUUGCUGCUCACAAUCGAUCGCAACGCAAUCGAACUUCAAGGAUACCAAACGAAAUCCUCUCCUCCCCAAGGAUAAACACCAUGAAGCAAGCUAGGGGGAUCCUGCCAUUGCUCGCGCUGCUCUGCCUGGCGGUGGGUGCCCUGGGUGGCAGCACAAUCGACGACUUUGAGUAUCUCUCGGUGCAGGAGAUGUGCGCCCUGCUGCCGUGGGAGACGAGCUUCCUGCGGCCAAGCACCUGCGACAAUUGGGUGAGCUGCCCGGCCAACGGCACCAGCCUGGAGCACGGCGCCUGCGCCACCGGACUCUACUACAACAAGCAGCAGGGCCGCUGCAAUCUGGCCUCGAGUGUCCAGUGUCCCUACACCGGAGUGGAGGCCACCGCGCCCAUCAAUCUGUGCGCCAACGAGACGGACGGCACCUUCCUGCAAGACACCAGCAGCAGCAACUGCCGCGGCUACAUCCUCUGCCAGGGCCGCACCCAGAUCCAUGCCGACUGCCCCAGCGAGCUGAUCUUCAAUCCCCGAUCCCGCUCCUGCGUCUACCACAACCAGUACACGUGCCCGGAGAGCCAGAUGACACACACCAGCCCGGCCUGCCGCGCUCUGCCCAACAACACGCGUCUGGCCCACACCGAGCACUGCGAGCGGUACUACGAGUGCGUCAACGAGAUCCUCCACACCCGCGAGUGUGCACCCCAGAAGGCCUACGACGUCAACAGGGGCUACUGCGUGGACAUCGAGCAGGUGGCCUGCUACGCCACAGCAGCCCUGCCCGAGCCGGAGAACACCUUCUGCCUGAACAGCACCGGUGGCUACUAUGCGGAUGAUCAGUCCUGCAGCCACUACUACAUCUGCGGCAAGCCCGUCAAGGGCAAACACGACACACAGCCCCAGCACCUGAGCUGCGCCCUCGGCCAGUACUUUGACAUCGAGAAGCUCUCCUGCCGCGACCGGCUCAACGUUCGCUGCGUUCUCGAUCGCUGCGUGGGCAACAACAUGUCCUACGUGAAUGUGGCCGACGAUUGCCAGAAGUAUGCCCGCUGCUCGGGCGGCGUCACAGCCGGCACCGGUCGUUGUCCGGAUAAAUAUUACUUCGAUGAGCGCAGCCAGGGCUGUACGCCCACCAAUCACCACUACAUUGCCUGCUCCCCAAGGAUUGCCUAGGCCCCUUAAUCAUAGUUAACCGAUCCGAAACAGGGUGGAGGUCACAACAACUAGAGCUGGUCAUGCGAAAUAUUUCCAUGCACGAUUAAACAUUUUCUAAACACG